UUAUCAAGCCAAAGAGGCGCAUGUUUGAUUUUCCGACUUCACGCAUUUGCUGCAUAGCAGCCAUGCUAAUUUUUCAUUCUAAUCAUUUAAACACCCUGGGAUUUGGACGCAAGUACACAUUUUAAUGGAGAAAAUCAAAGUUUUUGACCUAAUGAUAAAACUUGGACUUAUUUGGGUUUUACUUUUCCCACAGGCAAAAUCGUCACCAGUCUGUCAUCCUAAUGUUCGCCUUAUGAGAGAGGAAGAAAAGUGCAUGAAAGAUUUGCUACUUUCAACAUCACACAAAACAGCUGAAAAUAACAGCAUGCACUGCAAGGGAAUGUGGGACGACUUGAACUGCUGGCCACCGGCUUUUCUUGGGGAAACUGUUUCACAACCUUGUCCAGAGUUUUUUAAUUCAGGAGGUAAAGUGCAUCGCAACUGCACAAACAAUGGCUGGACAGACCUGCUGAUUCCACACGAAGAUGCUUGUGGCUACUCUUUCAAUGAAAGUCUCUUAUUUCUUGGAGAGUCCUCAGACAGCCACUUGUAUUUCUCCUAUGUGAAGACAAUGUACACAGUUGGAUACACAAUUUCCCUCAUCUCUCUCAUCAUUGCCAUCACCAUAUUCUGUGUGUUUAGGAAACUUCAUUGUACCAGGAACUACAUUCACAUUCAACUGUUCAUUUCCUUCAGCCUGAGAGCCAUCUUCAUCUUCAUCCGAGAUGCUCUGCUCUUUACAGAUGAAGAGAUUUAUCACUGUGACUACUAUCCGGCGCCGUGUAAGGUCGUGCUGAUGUUUUCCAACUACUCCAUCCUUGCAAACUACAGCUGGCUGCUGGUGGAGGGCCACUUCCUAUACACCCUUGUUAACCGCUCCUUCUUCUCCCUGAAGAAACAUCUGGCCUGGUACAUCGUCCUCAGCUGGGGUUUGCCACUGAUUGUGAUCAUCUCCUGGGGGUGUGCAAAAUAUUUUUAUGAAGAUGAAGGAUGUUGGGAAACCAGGAGGCAUGAAUGGAUUUGGUGGAUACUUCGAGUGCCAGUUCUUCUAAAUAUAUCUAUGAACCUCAUCUUUUUCAUGGGGAUUUUGAGGAUACUGGUGAGCAAACUCAGAAUGCCAGAUGCACAGAGAAACGAAUUAAGCCAGUAUAAGAGGCUGAUCAAAUCCACGUUUUUUCUGGUUGCUCUGUUCGGCGUGCAUUACAUCUUGUUCGUGUUCUUGCCCGUUGAAGUCAGCAGCUCUAUGUUUAAGAUCUGGACCUUUGUAGAGCUGGCUCUGUCAUCCACUCAGGGCUUUGUGGUCGCUGUCCUCUACUGCUUUGUGAACGGAGAGGUGCAGCAUGAAUUCCUAAGGCGGUGGAGGAGAUGGAGGCUGACUCAGCACCUGCCCACCAGACGCAGCCAGCGCCACGGCUCCAUCAGCCACAGCGGGACCCCUCACACCCAGGUGUCCCUGCUGCCCUGCUCUCCAGGCAGCCUGUUGACAAGCGGGCUCCCUGUGGACACUGUGGAGAUGUGACUCAAGCUGGGAUCAGCUCAUUUUCUCGCUCGUCUCAUCCAUAGCAUGACGGACUCUCACUUAGUGCCGACAGUCGACAGCUUGGCUGCUUAAAACAGCAUCGGACGCUUUGUUUGGAGAUUUAAAGUACUGACAGUAAGAUUUUAGGAGUCGGUGAACAAAAAGCUACUUUCUUUAAUCACUUUCUGCAAAAUGUAGCUACCCUCUGUUACCCUGGCAUCUGUCCAGGGUGUACGUUUAAU